UAUCAAUUCACCGUGAUUGCCACGGACUCUGGCGAGGUACCGAAAUCCGCGAGCGCCACGGUGAUACUGACCGUGACCGACGUGAACGACAACGAUCCCUACUUCGAUCCUAAGAACUACGAGGCUGUGGUCUCCGAGGACGAUCCGCCGGGCACUCCGGUCACCUCUGUCACGGCGACCGAUGCGGACGAGGACGCCAGGAUACAUUACGAAAUCACGGCUGGUAACACGAGAGGCCGAUUCUCGAUCGCGUCUCAGAACGGACGCGGUCUGAUAACGGUGGCUCAACCGCUCGACUACAAGCAGGAAAAGAGAUUCGUUCUCACUGUCACGGCAUCGGACAGUGGCGGUAGAACGGAUACGGCUCUCGUCUACGUGAACGUCUCGGACGCUAAUAAUUUCGAGCCGGUGUUCGAGAACACGCCUUACGCCGUGUCGUUGUUCGAGGAUGCGCCGAUUGGCACGACAGUUCUGGUUGUCAGCGCGACUGACUCAGACGUUGGGAAGAAUGCUCAGAUCACGUACAGUUUAGGCACCGACGGCGGCGAGUCGGCAUCCGAGUUCACUAUAAAUCCGCAAACCGGGGCCAUCACGACCACUCGCACGUUGGAUCGUGAACAGGUGCCUGGUUACUUUUUGACUGUUACCGCGAGAGACGGGGGCGUGCCGCCAUUGUCGGACACCAUCAACGUGGAGAUAUCCGUCACGGACGUGAACGACAAUGCUCCGGUUUUCGAAGCACCUCAGUACCAAGGAUCCAUCCCGGAGGACGUGGCAGGUGGUACCAGCGUUCUCAGAGUUUCCGCCACCGACGCCGACACGGACCUGAACGGGAGAGUGAGGUACGCUCUGGAAGACGACGGAGACGGCGCGUUUGCCGUCGACUCGACGACAGGCGUGAUCAGAACAGCCAAACCGUUGGACAGAGAAUCGGUCGCGACGUACACUUUGAAAGCUGUUGCGAUGGACAGAGGAUCUCCCUCGCUGUCGACGGUGGUGCCGGUGACGAUCAAAAUACAGGACGUGAAUGACUCGCCACCGGCUUUCGAGAACGACAAGAUCGUCCUUUACAUAGCUGAGAAUUCACCGAUCGGCUCGACCGUCGGUGAAAUUUACGCGCACGACCCGGACGAGGGACCGAACGCGGUUGUGCAGUAUUCCGUGAUAGGAGGGGAAGAUUCGAACAGUUUCGCUUUGAAUGUCAGAUCGGGCGCGGACCGAGCGGAAUUGAUCACCCUCGAGGAGUUGGACUACGAGUCGCCGAAGAAGAAGUUCGAGCUGGUGGUGCGUGCCGCCUCGCCUCCUCUGAGAUCGGACGCUCUGGUUCAGAUACUGGUGACCGACGUGAACGACAACGCGCCAGUGUUGAAGGACUUUCAGAUCAUAUUCAACAAUUUCAAGGACUUCUUCCCGACCGCCCCUAUAGGCAAAAUACCAGCCGUCGACGCGGACGUCACGGAUAAAUUAACGUACAUCGUGCUCGCCGGCAACAACGCGAAUUUGAUCGACUUGAACAGAACCAGCGGUGAGAUCCGACUGUCGCCGCAACUCAACACAAACGUGCCGCGUGUUGCGACGAUGGAGGUGUCCGUCACGGACGGUAUCAACGAGGUCAAGGCCACGAUGACUCUCUCGGUGCGCUUGAUCACCGAUAAAAUGCUCCUCAACUCCAUUACCGUUAGAUUGGACGACAUGACGGCCGAGGCUUUCCUCAGCCCUCUCUUCUCCGCGCGUAAAGUAGAACCAGGCGUGACCGACGAGUUUUACAGCCCGCAAUUUCUUCAAGAACGCGUGUACCUGAACAGGGGCAUACUGGCGAGGCUGGCGACGGUCACGGUGUUGCCGUUCGAUGACAACCUUUGCGUCAGAGAGCCAUGCUUGAAUUUCGAGGAAUGCCUGACGGUAUUGAAAUUUGGCAACGCCUCUGGAUUCGCCAGCAGCGACACGGUAUUGUUCAGGCCUAUAUACCCGGUGACAACGUUUGCCUGCAGAUGCGCGAAGGGUUUCACUGGUAGCAAGGAGUCUUAUCUGUGCGACACGGAGGUUAAUUUAUGUUACUCGAAUCCGUGUAUGAACGGCGGCACUUGUUACAGAAGGGAAGGUGGAUACGCGUGUUCAUGCGACCGGCAAUUCACCGGGAAGGACUGCGAGGUCUCGUUGGAGAAGGAUUCUUGCGGCCCAGGGAUCUGCAAAGGAGGUUCCCAGUGCGCUGUGAAAACGGCAGGCGGCUUCACUUGCGAGGGUUGCCCGGUAACGCCUCUAGUGGAGAACGUGACGCCACUGUGCGAGCUGCGAGCACGUAGCUUUGGACCCGCGACAUUCCUCACGUUCGCGUCACUGAGGCAGAGGCACAGGCUGCACGUGAAACUGAGAUUCGCCACGGAAGCGGCGAACGGUCUUCUCCUCUACAACGGUCGUUACAACGAGAAGCACGACUUCGUAGCUCUGGAGAUAAUCGACUCCGAGGUACAGUUCAGCUUCUCGCUCGGCGACGAGAUCACGCGAGCGAGUGCCAGCAUACCCGGCGGCAUCUCCGACGGUCAGUGGCAUCAGGUAGAAGUCCAUUACAUAAACAAAACUGUGACGAUCUCUCUGGACAACUGCGACGUUGCCCUUGCUUUGGAAUACGGCGAGAGACUUGGGACGAAAUGGUCCUGCGCGGGUAGAAGCGAGCAGGUGUUGGAAGAGCGUUGCAGCAUCGUCACCGAGACGUGUCAUCGAUUCUUGGAUCUGACAGGACCAUUGCAACUGGGCGGCCUACCUGCCAUACCGUCUAGCUUUCGUAUCAGAAACAAGGACUUUGUCGGUUGCAUCAGCGACCUGUACGUCGAUCAUAUCUUCGUCGAUCUGAAUUCGUUCGUGGCGGACAACGGUACCAACCCUGGUUGCCCGGAGAAGAUCUCCUUCUGUUCGUCCACUCCGUGCAAGAACAACGGCAAGUGCCGCGAGAUAUGGUCCGGUUUCGUUUGCGAGUGCGAGGAGAACUUUGCCGGGCCUACCUGUGGCGACGAGGUUGGCAAACCGUGGAACUUCCACGGCGACGGGAUGCUCAGCUUUAAUCCUUUGCUAAGGCCGAUUCAGCUGCCUUGGUUAACGGCCCUCAGCCUGCGGACGCGAUCCAAGCAGGCGUUCGUCAUGAGCGUGCAAAUCGGGCAGAACAGUUCCGCGUUGCUGGAGAUCCGGGAUGGUAAACUAGUUGCCCUGUUAGACGGCACGGACAUCGUACAAACGUGGAACAACGUCGGCGACGGUGAAUGGCACAGGGUGGAGAUCGUCUGGCAGAGUGGUCAGGUGUCUCUCGAUAUCGACUACAGGAACAGGCCGGUAUCGUCGCCGUUGCCAGCGAAAUUGCAGGGUCUGUACAUCGGCAGGAUACUGGUCGGUGGACCGGAACCGUCGACGAACGCCGAGCUACCGUACUUCGACGGCUGUCUGCAGGACAUUCGUAUAGGCAGCAACCAGAGCAUACUGUUAAGGCCGACCGUUCAGGAGAACGUGGCGACCGGCUGCAGCUCGGAGGCUGAGUGCAACGUCGACUGUCCGGCGGAGGCAUCGAUCUGCGUGCCCAAGUGGCAAGCGGGCGAGUGCGUUUGCGCGACAGGUCGCGUAGGACGUGAUUGCGAGCCUGUCUGCGAUUUGAAUCCCUGCAACAACACUGGCACCUGCGUCGAGGACACAGCGUCCCGCAGGGGAUACAGAUGCGAGUGUAACUCGCCGGAAUACUCCGGCGACUAUUGCGAGAUCAAAGCUGACCAACCUUGCCCGGCAACUUGGUGGGGCUCGCCCGUGUGCGGCCCUUGCCAUUGCGACGAGUCCAAGGGCUACGACCCCGCGUGCAACAAGACCACAGGCGAAUGCUACUGCAAGGAAAAUCACUAUCAACCUUCGGGUAAGAAAGAGUGCAUCCCUUGCGAAUGUUACGCAACCGGAAGCUUCGGCCCUCGCUGCGACACCGAGACUGGACAGUGUCGGUGCAGGGUCGGGGUCAUCGGACGAUCUUGCACAGCCUGUCCUAAUCCAUACGCCGAGGUCACCCUUCGUGGCUGCGAGGUAGUGUACGACGGGUGUCCUAGAUCCUACGCCGAAGGUUUGUGGUGGCCGAGGACCAAGUUCGGGAUGAUUGCUAUCGAGGAUUGCCCUGGCGUGGCCGAGGGAAAGACUUCCAGAUCCUGCGACGACAAACUGGGCGGCUGGCAGGAACCUGAUCUCUUCAACUGCACUUCAGAAGCGUUUAUCGAACAGAGGCAUCAGCUAGCCGCGCUAGAGACCAAGGAACUGACGUUGAACACCUACGUCGCCGUUAAAAUAGCGAAGGACGUGCACAGAGCGGUGAACGCGACCAAAGAAUUGUACGGCGCUGAUUUGUUGAUCGCUGAAUCUCUGCUAGCGGCAUUGUUGCAGUACGAAGAGAGUUUGGUCGGAUUGAACUUGACUCACAGCCAAGACAAAGACUACGUUUCUCAUCUGGUCGGGAUCGCCAGCCACAUUUUGAAGUCCAAAUAUCUGGAAAAGUGGUCGAGAAUUGAAACUCUUAACGACGACACCGCUGACAAGAUAUUGGCCGCGAUGGCCAACUAUUUGAAGACCCUGACUGCCUCUCAGCACGAUAUUUUCACCAAUCCUUUCGAAUGUUGGGCCUGGACAUAGUAACUUCUGAGAGUUUAUUCGGAUAUGAGACGGCAGAGUACUUGGAAGACCCGACAGCGUCUACGAUAAGGCCGACUGAAGCGGAUCAGAAAGUCGUGUUGCCUGAUACCUCUGCGUUCUUGUCGUCCCCUGCCCACUUCGGCCCGUCAAUUACCUUCCCAAAAUAUAACAACUACAUGGCCGAUCCAAACAGAUUCGAUCCCUAUUCAAAGAUACGAGUGCCUCUCAAUGUGUUAGGCAUAAAGCCUCUGAUACAAGGGGAGUUAAACGUUAAGAAAAGUUUGGUCAAUCGAAAGGCUGUGUUGAGUUACGUGCAGUAUAAGCAAUUGGGUGCCCUACUGCCUCGGAGAUUUGACGAUUCCGUAGCAGUUAGAUGGGGCGUGGAAGUAGCGGUAGCAUCGCCAGUCGUGACAGUGUCCGUUUUAGUACCUUCCGACAACGGUUACGAGUCUCUGACUGGAAUUCCCCUCCAGUCCCCAGUUCAAAUCAGUCUCUGGCUUAGCGAAAGGGAUGAAAUCAAGACUAGAACCAAUCCACAAUGUGUACAUUGGAGUACGAUUAGAGGAAUCGGCGAGUGGAGUAGAAUAGGUUGUACCACAGAGAUCGAGGAUGAUUCUUUGUCAUUCGGCACUAUUGUAAACUGCUCCUGUUUCCAAUUGUCCACGUUUGCAAUAUUGACGGACGUACUCGAUCCGGAAUACGUUCCGGAACCGUCUCUGUUGGAAGAUGUAACAAGCUACAGCGCGUUCAUGCUCGCAUUGCCCUUGCUAUUAUCCGCCCUACUUAUCCUGGCCUUGAUACGAGGCGGUGGUACAAAUUCAAAUAGCAUUCACAAAAAUUUGGUAAUGUGCGUCUUCGUCGCCGAGGUGCUCUACUUGGUCGCGCUGAAAGCGAGAAGCCCUCUAGUCUCGAACGAGUUCCCAUGUAAACUGACGGCAAUUGGUUUGCACUAUGCUUGGUUGAGCACAUUCUCGUGGACUUUGGUCGACUCUAUUCAUCUCUAUCGGAUGCUUACCGAAAUGAGAGACGUGAACCAUGGACAAAUGAGGUUCUAUUAUACGAUGGGAUAUGGCGCUCCAGCUAUCAUCGUUGGACUGACUAUUGGAGUUAGAGCUGAUCAAUACGGAAACUUUUAUUUCUGCUGGUUGUCAAUUUAUGAAACUGUGAUCUGGUCCUUGAUAGGGCCAGUUUGUCUGGCGGUCUUGGUGAAUUUCUGCAUUCUCGUCAUGUCAGUGCGGGCAGCUUUUACGUUAAAAGAACACAUUAUGGGUUUCGGGAACUUAAGGACGUUACUUUGGCUAUCGGUAGCUUCGUUGCCUCUUCUUGGGUCCACAUGGACUCUGACCGUUCUCAAUGCCUCCGAAAAUUCCCCAACACUGUCAUAUCUGCUUAGUAUAGCAGUAGUUGUCCACGCGUCGUUUAGCUUGAUUGGCUAUUGCUUCAUUAACGGCAGAGUACGAAGGAAUUUGUAUUUGAGUCUAUUAAGGUGUAUUGGAAAAAAGACGCCUUUGUUAGAGGGAAGCAUGGGGAACGGAAGCAGCAGUCAGAAUGUAAAUGGUCACUCGCGAUCUGCGUUGGCUUAUUCAUCGACGUAUAGCGGGGCAGAAUCCGUAUGCAGAAGAGUGCAUGUAGGAGUCUCAACGAGCAGUACAACUUCACGAAGUACAAAUAAGACUGGAUCCAGUCCCUAUCGUAGCGAUACACAUUUAAGGCAUACAUCAACAUCCACGAGCAAUUAUAACAGCGACAGAGAUCCCUAUAUGUCUUCUAGGAGUCAUCGAUCAGCGUUACACUCUAGACAAGAAGCGACAGAACCAAGGAAUCAACGUAGAGAUUCUGAAUCUGAUUCAGACGGUUCCCAAGCGGAGGGUGGAGGAAGAAGUUUAGAUCUUGCGAGUUCACACAGUUCCGACGAAGAAGACGUCAGGUCGAGAUCGCACAGGAACAUGGGCGUUUCGACGCAGCAACCUGUCGCGCACAAUUAUUUGCCUAACAUUCACAGCAAUCCUACCGAACACUUGAACAUACUUUGCUCGAACACAGAACUAUUUCCGAACAUCAAACCCAUUUAUGCACCUAGGUGGAGUUCUCAAUUACCGGAAACAUAUUUAUCGUCAAAUGUAAUAGACGUGCGUGGGAGUCAGUGGUCCGGAGGCACCAUGUCCGACAACGAAAUGGCCUCGAACAAAACCUCCAGUCCAAAUCCGUUGCCUUAUCCUGAAAUGAAUUCGCCACAGAAAAGUCAACCGGAUGAAAAUUACUCGGAAGGGGAAGAGAAGCUUCAUCAUCUCGGAGAGAAAUACUUGUUCCCAUAUACCGCUGAAGAAGAUCACACUGUCUCGCCUACUCCUUACAUGCUGCCCAUUUCUUCGCGCAUUCUUGCUUCCAGCAUGAGCCACCAUUCGCAAAAUUCAAACCACGAGAAUUUGAGCGGUUCGGAGCGCUAUGGAAGUUUGAAGAGGGGGCAGAGCCUACAUGGCUCUCAGCACGAUAAUCUCAGCGGCUCGGAAAGAUACGGUAGCUUGAAGCGCGGCAAAAUUACACCGACCGUGCUAGAAGAUUCGCCGGAAUAUAUUCUACCGAUGAGCGGUAGAAUAUUGUCUAGUUCGCUGACUCACGAUCUACAGCAUAGCAAUGAAUUGGCUGCGCUUAGGCAGCAGCAACAGCAACAAUACGAACAAACCAUUACAGAGACAGAGUUAAUAUUCGGAAGAUCGUCGUCUUUAACAUAAAGUCAUUGCGAUAUCGCGUGAACGCCGAGCGCUACCAGACAGCAUUUUAUCCAGCAUUUAUUAUCGAGACAUCAUCGACAAGUCUUAGUCAUACUCAGCAUUUUGAUAUCAUGUUUCUACUAAGGUACGUUAUACACAGACAGAUGUAAUCCAUGUCACUAGAAGAUUUCGCACAAUAAGGUAUAAGUAUGUGUAUAUGUGUAUAUAUAUAUAUAUAUAUAUUAUAUAUAUAAAACGAUGUGCAAAUGUCAGAGAUCUUGCUGUGCAAAUCCAAUCAGAAUUCAAUUCU